AUUCCUCUCGGUCUCAUAACUUUGGGUGAAGUAGCGCGUCUUUAUUUCUGUGACAAAUCGAAAUCGUUGUGGGAGUUUUGAUUCGCGCAUAUUUUAUGUCGCCUGGAGAGCCUCAGGACCCGCGCAAUUGUGCUCCGCGCGCCAUGGCCCUCCUCGCGCUCCUAUGCGCGCUCGCCUGCCGCCCGUCCGCGUGCGCGCUCCAGCCCUCCGACGCCGCGGAGCGCGGCCGCGUGGCGCUGCAGCGCGUGCGCGCCUUCGCGGCGCAGCCGCGUUACGGGGACUGCUGGUCGCGCGCGCUGGAAGGGCUGCGCGCGCGCUGCGAGGAGCUCACGGAAGAGACUCAAAGCCAGCUCGCGCUCUCGCUCACGCACUGCCACCUUCGCAGGUCGAGCCGCCCCUUCCCAGAGUGCGCGGACGGCGGCGAUGUGAAAGAGUGCACCCGAGACAUGGAUCCCGUGGCUUUCAACGCCUACACGGAGUUCUUCACCCACGCCUACAGCAUCUGCCACUACCUGGAGAGCGAGCGCUGGCAGCAGCGCACGCACAGCACUGUGCUCAGGCUAACGGAGAGUUCGGCAGGAGUGGCUGAACAGCUGGCGUCCACCCAGCGCUUGGCCGAGGACCUAGUACAGGCUCAGAGCGUCGCCCUCCAGUCUCAGGAGGCCAUUCUGCGUAACGGGGAGGAACUCAAGCUUACGCUGCAUGAGUCCACACAAGGGGUGAAGGAAGUGUUCGAGGAGAUCCAGGAGUCGGCGCGAGAGCAGCAGUUGGCCUUCUCUGAGAUCUUCAGCCGUGUGGCUUUCCUGCAGAGCUUCGUGAUGUCGGAAUCGCACACGCUGAGCUCCCUGCUGUACAACACCCUGGGCCUAUGUGCUGCCUUUCUGGCCACUUCCACCAAGCGCACAGCUGGUGCUCGCUUAAUUCUUUUUGGGCUGGUGGCUGUAAAUAUUUACCUGGAAAGAGUGCUCUACAUGGCUGUGUUGGAGUCCACAGACCCAGGAUACCAGCAGAUGGAACGGUUCGACCUGCUCGUGGGGCUGCUCCGGCGUGGGGUGAUGCUGUUAGGGCUGCUGAUUCUGGUGUACGUGGCAGUGAGGUUCAGGGACGUCACCCUGGAGAGCCUGGAGAUUCUGACUCAGCUGAAGGAGUCUCACUCCCGCCUUCAGCUGGCCCUGCAGAAGACCGAGUAUGUCAGAAGCACCAUGCAGGAUGUGUGGCUCAAGAAGUGUGCGAUGAGGGAGAGCCUGCAAGUGCAGCAAUGCACCAGAAGGAGCGAGGAUAAGAACGGGUCCUGUGUAGUGCAAGAGCUCUCUGCAAUUGUGCCCCACACCUCUAUGCUCCAAGGAACAUCUGUGCUCCAUGAUGAGCCUUCUCACGUGGACACUUGGAAUCGUGGGAGCGUGAUCUUGGAAACGCCUAGGAAGCACAGUCGUUCACGGUCGUCAGGUUCUAAAAAGAGACUGUCCUCUGCCCUUGUGUACAGUGUCCUGGCUGAUGACCUGCAGCCUGCAUGCACACCUCCUUAUGGGAAAGAGCCAAGGUACAAUCUGCGGAACAGGAGAUCACCACCACGCUAUUUGUAGAACAGGGAGACCUGGUGGAGUGCAUGCAUGCAUGCGUCUGAGAUUUGCGGUGUAAGUGCACUGAAAUCCUGAAAGGCUCAUUAUAACAGGGAGAUGAGAGCAAAUAACUCUGCUGCAAUCUUGGCUAUAUUUUCAUCAAUCAGCAGAUGUUCUGUAUGGUGUUUUCAGUUUGUAAAUCCAAAUGUAUGUUACUCCAAGCCACUGAUUUACCUAAAUCAAAGUGUGUGUGUGUAGCUGAACUUCUUUCCAUAGUAUCUUUUUAAACUUUUUAAUGUCAACUGAAGUUUUAAUGGAGCAAAUAAAAAAAUUUAAUAUUUAAAUAAAGGCUUAUGCAGCAUGCCUUUACUUACGGAUCAGGGCUAAGUGCCCCCAGUUCUGUUCCCAUGUCUUCUGGAGAAAUUUUUUGUGUUUUUUAAAAACCAGUUUGCAUAUUUACAGUGAACUGUGUGCAGACAUUUACCAAAAGACUCAUUAAAUCCAUA